UCGGCUGUGCUUGCGCGCUGCUAGUCGCCGUGGACUUCGGCGUGGCUUUUCGAGUGGCUGGCGCGGAGGGGCGCAGGAGAACGCCGCCGACGGAGAUAGCCAAGCUGUGGUCCCCAGAGCCUGCAGUUUCAAGGCCACCUUCGUGACUCUGCCGUGAGCCCCAAGACCCUCACCGUAGCUGUAGCUCACCAUGGGGAACCACUUGACAGAGAUGGCACCCACCACCUCCUUCUUGCCCCAGUUCCAGGCCCUGCACGUCGUGGUCGUCGGGCUGGACUCAGCUGGAAAGACCUCCCUCCUUUACCGACUCAAGUUCAAGGAGUUCGUCCAGAGCGUUCCCACCAAAGGCUUCAACACGGAGAAGAUCCGGGUGCCCCUGGGAGGGUCCCGUGGCAUCACCUUCCAAGUGUGGGACGUGGGUGGGCAGGAGAAGCUGCGACCGCUGUGGCGCUCCUACACCCGCCGGACAGAUGGGCUGGUGUUUGUGGUGGACGCUGCGGAGGCGGAGCGGCUGGAGGAGGCUAAAGUGGAGCUACACCGAAUCAGCCGGGCCUCAGACAACCAGGGUGUGCCGGUUUUGGUGCUGGCCAACAAGCAGGAUCAGCCCGGGGCACUGAGCGCCACCGAGGUGGAGAAGAGGCUGGCAGUGCGGGAGCUGGCUGCUGUGACACUCACCCACGUGCAGGGCUGUAGCGCUGUGGACGGGGCGGGGCUGCAGCCGGGCCUGGAGCGCCUGUAUGAGAUGAUUCUCAAGAGGAGGAAAGCGGCCCGGGGAAGCAAGAAGAGACGGUGACCCCAGGCCGCCCCCUCCUCACCAGUAGGGGUCUACAUACAUAGACAGCCAGGCAGAGCCUGUGGCCCCUCGCUCAGCCCCAGGCUGCAGGACCGGUCCACCUAAGUGAAGGACUGAGGAGCACACUGGGCGUCCUGCUUUGGUGUGGCAUUGGGGGAGGGGGAUGUGAGACGGGCUCCCCUCUCCCCCUCAUCCUCACCUCUGGAGAUGCAGGGGCUGCAGAAUUGAGGAGGCUUCAGUACAAACUGCAAAUCUACCUCGACCUUCUUAGUUUUCUUUGGCUUUCUGAUUAGAUGUGUUUGGGGUCAAAGGGAAGUGGCUUAGAGAAUGCAUUUGACAUGAACAAGAGUGUCUCUGCCCCCCCCCCCGCCCCCCCCACCUCCCACACAACUGGGGAGUCCCCCCAGGCUGCUUUUCUAAUAGUCUUUAUUUUUGUGUCUGUGUGAAGUGCCAAGAACCCCUCCCCACAUUUGUAGAUCCACAGCCGUUUUAUAAGCCAUGUGUGUCCUCUGUAUUAACUAUUUUUUAGCCUCUAUCUGUAAGUUAUUAAAGAUUGAUGAUACUAUA